UCGAUCACCUCCUCCAAGGUCCAAGCUAGCUAAGCAAGAACCCCCGGCCCGCCGCGACGCGCCAUGGCCAUGGCCCGCCCCGUCGUCGCGCACCUCUUCUUCCUCCUCCUCCUCGUGUCCACCGCGCCGGCCGUGCGCACCACCCCGGACGCCGGCAGCCUCCAGGAGGCGUGCAACAAGACGCUGUUCCCCAAGGUGUGCCUGCAGGCGCUCAAGGACAACCCCGAGUGCCAGGCGGCGACGCCGCGUCGGCUGGCCGAGCUGUCCGUGUACGUGACCGCCGAGGUGGGCAUGACGGUGACCGCGUUCGCGCACCGCGAGCUCAACGGCAUCAAGGACAGCGUCCUGUACAAGUGCCUGGACACCUGCUCCGAGGACAUCGAGGAGGCCGUGGCGCACCUCAGCGCGCUCACCCGCGACCUCACCGACGCCAAGUUCCUCGAGGUCAAGACCUGGCUCUCCUCCACGCUCGGCGGCACCUCCACCUGCGAGGACGCCUGCAAGGACGCGCCCGUCAGCGACAUCAAGAACGCCUGCAUCACCAAGAGCUUCGAGUUCGAGAAGCUCCUGCGCGUCACGCUGGACCUCAUCAACGAGGCCUCGGGCUCCAUGUCCGCCGAGGUCGCGCUGCCGCCGUCGGAGUCGGGCGCCGCCACGGCCGCCGGCGCGCCGUCGUACGGCGCCGCGGCGCCGUUCGGCGGGGCCUACGGCGGGCCGGGUGCCGGUGCUCCGGCGCCGUCAUCGGGGGCCGGUGCUUCCGAGGACGCCGACGCGACGGCAUGAGUGCCUUGAUCAGAUUUAUUAGGAUCGUUUUUUUUUUCCGAGCAAAUUUAUUAGGAUCGUUUGGAAGGUAGAACCGCCGCAUAACUAGUGCAGAGGCCUGCAGCGAAUCACACGUAGUAGGCCUGAUCGAGCUGAGUGUUUUCUUUUUUAUUUCUUUUUCUUUUCUUCUCUUUUUGAUUUGAUAUAUAGGAUGAGCUGCUGGGUGAUCUAUCGUGAGAUUGUUGGUGUUUAACUUUGGCAUGUUACAAGGGUUAGCCAUCAUAAUAUUUGUUCAGAAUACACAUAAUAAUGCACGAUUUGAUCAC